CGUGUCGUACUGAGAGAACACCGCACCGCGACAAGAGACUUUCACUCAACAACAGCACUCGCCUCAGAGCUGCCCGUACAGUACUCUAGCGGUUCUCUUGCAUCUUCUAAAGCACUCCGCCACCAUGAGUAUCUUCGACUUUACGACGGAAGACUGGGCCUUUGACUUGACGACGGAAGACUGGGCCGAUGACUUGGCGACGGAAGACUGGGGAUGUGCGGACGGCACGGACGAUCUCCAGACGCUGCCGCUGUGUGAAGACAUCCUCGCUGCCAUGAGUAACUACACUUUCGGCGACUACAACUGGAGCAGUUGGAACUGGACGGACGACGUUCUGUCGACGCCGCAGCUGGACACGGACCCAAUCACCGAAAUCGCAGGCCCCAUACUGUACGGGACGGUGGCGGUGGUGGGUUUCCUCGGGAACCUGCUGGUGAUCUACACGCUGCUGGGACACACGAAGAUGAAGGACGCUACGUACUACUACAUCCUGAACCUGGCGCUGGCCGACGCGCUCUUCAUGCUGGGGAUCCCCUUCAUCUCCGCCUCCUCGGCCAUGAAGCGGUGGGUGUUCGGCAGGGCCGCGUGUAAGAUCGUCCUGUCCAUGGACGCCAUGAACAUGUUCACCACGGUGUUCAACCUGGCCGUGCUGAGCGUGGACCGCUACCUGGCCACCGUCCGCGCCAACACGCACUCCCACUGGCGCCGCCCGAAGGUCGCCACCGCCGUCUGCCUGGGCGUGUGGCUCGCGGCCGUCCUGCUCAGCAUCCCCGUCAUGGUCGUCAGCGAUACCCUCCCGCUGGGGAACGGGAACUACAUGUGCAUGCUGGACUGGCCUGAGGACAGUUUCACGUUCUGGUUCCAGGCCUUCACGUCGUACACCUUCACCAUGGGGUUCGUGGUCCCCCUGUUGGUCAUCAGCGGGUCGUACGCGUCGGUGGUCCGUCACCUCCGCCGCAACACGCCGGCAAACGCCGCGGUGGCACGCAUCGCCGUCAACAUGCGGAACAAGGUGACCAAGACCGUGACAGCCCUGGUGGUGACGUUCGUGGUGUGCUGGCUGCCGUUCCACGUCUGCCAGCUGCUGAACCUGAGCACGGACCUGCCGCAGAAGCCGACCAUGGCAGCGUUCCACAUCGCCAUGAUCCUGUCGUACGCCAACUCCUGCGCCAACCCCGUCCUCUACGUGUUCACCAGCCAGAAGUUUCGCGACAGCUGCCGGGCCGCGCUGUGUCUGAACCGGGACGACGCCGCCGACAGACAGCGGGCCGACCGCGAGAGAGACGCGCGCGUCGCCGCGACAAGAAGGCGCCAGCCGCAGGAAGACGUAUUCUUCGAGGAAGAGAGAUGUGAGGUAAACCGUGCAACUGUUCCACAUGUGGCUACUGCCAUGAUCGAAACAACGGUCUAGGACAUUGG